GGCUGCCCCGCCCCCUUCCUGCCCGACGACCCGGGCUGGAGGGCCGGCCCGCGGUUGAGAGGCUGGCUGGAGCGGGCCAUGCCUUUGUCUCUACGCUCUUCUGUGUUCUUGGACCUGGUCGUGGGCGUGGUGGGCACCCUGUCUUUCCUGCUGGACGUGGUCGCCGACCUGUGGGCCGUCGUCCAGUAUGUACUUGGUGGCCGUUACGUGUGGGCCGCGCUGGUGCUGGCGCUGCUGGGCCUCUCCUCGGUGCAGAUGCAGCUCUUCAGCUGGGUUUGGCUGACCUCCGACCCCGCGGACCUGCAUGGGUCGAAGCACUCCCGUCGUUUCCUGGCGCUGCUGCAUUUGUUGCAGCUCGGCUAUCUGUACAGGUGCCUGCAAGGGCUGCAGCAGGUGCUGUCCAUGUGGCAGCAGGAGCUGCCAUCUGAGAGUGACAUAGCCUAUGCAGACUUCCUCACCCUGGACAUCAGCAUGCUGCGGCUCUUUGAGAAUUUCUUGGAGUCCACCCCACAGCUCACACUGGUGCUGGCCAUCGUGUUGCAGAGUGGCAAUGCUGAAUAUUACCAAUGGUUUGGCAUCAGCUCAUCCUUCCUGGGCAUCUCGUGGGCACUACUGGACUACCACCGGGCCUUGCGUACUUGUCUUCCCUCUAAGCCCCGCCUGGGCUGGAGCUCCUCUGCCGUCUACUUCCUGUGGAACCUGCUGCUGUUGGGGCCCCGAAUCUUUGCCGUUGCCCUCUUCUCAGCUCUCUUCCCCUACUACAUGGCCCUGCAUUUCCUCAGCCUGUGGCUGGUACUCUUGUUCUGGGUCUGGCUUCAAGGCACAAAAUUUAUGCCAAACUCCAGAUCUGAGUGGCUGUACCGGGUGACAGUGGCAAUCAUCCUUUAUUUCUCCUGGUUCAAUGUGGCUGGGGGCCGCACCCGAGGCCGGUCUAUCAUCCAUCUGGUCUUCAUCCUCAGUGACAGUGUGCUGCUGGCCAGCACCUGGGUGACACGCGGCACCUGGCUGCCCAGUGGGACCUUCUUGCAGAUGUGGUUGAUUAUGGGAGGAGUCUGCUUCCUCCUGGGACUGACUUUGCGUGUGAUCUACUACCUCUGGUUGCACCCUCACUGCCACUGGGAACCUGACCAAGUGGAUGGGGUCCGAAGUCUCCUUCCUUCAAAACGGCCUAAGCCGCUUUAUAACAGGCGCGCCACUCUGUUAGCACGCAACUUCUUCCCCAAGGUCAAAGCAGAGGUUUCUCUGCCAGAGAUUGGAGAUGGGGAAGAAGUCCUUUGAGGCAGGUUCUGAUUCAGCCAGUGAGGAAGAUGUGGGGAGCUGGGCCUUGGAAGGGCCAAAGGCCAGUCACACACAAGCCGUUCUCUUCCUGUCCAGCCAACAGAGCUGCCGUCACCAAGGCCCCUUGUUGCCCUUCUCACUUCUCAGGUGACGGUGGAGGUGGCCCGUCUCCUGGGUUCUCUGGCCUGCUCUAGAAGGCCCUGGGGUGCUGGGAGAUGUUCUCCAUGUCUUCCCUACCCCACCCUAUCCAUUCGCUUCAAUCAACAAAUCCUGAGAGCGCUUGAAGUUCUGGGAGCAUCAUUCUAACUGUUGAAUUGGCGGCCCUAGCCCCUCUCGAUAACCCACUGGACAAAUCUGAUUUCAAAGACCAGAGGCCAGUGGUGACCCUCCGCCCCUCCAGGGUCGAGAUGCAGCUGUCUCUACUGUGGGUCUUAGGCCACCUUAAAACCAAGUGCCUUAUGGACCUGUGGUCUAGGCCGUGUACUAUCCAUUGAGUAUUUUUCAUUCUAGCUAGUAUACAUACCUCCUACCUCAAUCUGUGAAAGGAAGAAAACAUGUGCAUGUGUUUAACAGUAUUAUUAAAACCACAUGAAAUUCUCCAAACCAGUAUGUACCAUUAAGUAUAGUCCAUCACCCUUUCUAUUAUAGACAGGUGGCAGGGACCUGGAACCUGUAAAACUGGUACAGACCCCUGGAAUAGAGAUGUGGGCAGACUUAGGUAUGACUUUGUAAUGAAUAUCUAAAUUGUUCCAGUAUAAUAAAAACUCAGGAAUCAGAAAUUAAGAUAAAGACCUAGUAAAUCCAA